UCCAUGGCUGGAGGCCUGCUGUAACCUUCCAAAUCCUGUCGACUAAUCUCUCUUAAUCUAGAAAAAUAAGAAACGCCCAUUAUAAGCUGCUUUACACCGACGAUCGUCGGCGUCAAUGUGAAAAUGGCACCCAAUUUCGUUACUCCUUAGCCAUAUAAUAACCCCUUCGCUUUUUGAGUGUGAUCACUGUGGUUUUCUGGAACUUUAUCCGAAGUUACAGAGGUGGGUCUUAGCUCUAACAGGUCUGAUUUACACCUUUUGUUUUCAAUCAUUUCCUAUUUUUGUUUAGCUUCCCGGAUGGAUUGAUAGUUUCUGGGUAUUGGCUAGAAUGGAGAUCUCUAGCGUUACUUCUCCACGAAUGAGAUCUGAUCAUUUAGAAAAGGAAGGAUUAAAGGAAACCCAUGGUGAAAAUUUUGAGCUAGAAUCAUCACAUGAUGCUACUGAUCCUAACGACCGAUCCCAUUCCAUGAAUGCUUUGGAGAUCUUAAGAGAAGCCGUUAGGAUCUUACGGUACAACUGUUCUGGUUUUAUGAUCGUUUUAGCUUUGUUAAUUUGUCCUUUAUCUGCAGUGCUUAUGUCUUCUAGUUUGAUAGUUGGUCAAUCCGUUGUGAAAAGUCUAACAGUUAGGCUUAUGUUAGCUGCUGAAACCAGUGGAGUUCCAUUGAGACCUUUUAUCAAACAGUCGUGUCAACAUUUUGCUGAGACCGCUGUUUCCUCAGUAAUUUGCUUCCCUUUGUUGCUUCCAUUUGCCUUGUUGUCGAAGGCUGCAGUGGUUUAUUGUGUGGAUUGUACUUAUUUGAAGGAAUCGCCUGUCGUUUCGAAGUUUUUCAUGAUAAUUAGGAAGCUUUGGAGGCGCCUUGUUUCUACCUAUUUGUGGAUGUGUGUGGUAAUUGUUGGUUGUGUAACAACUUUCUUCGUUUUUCUUGUUGCGGCGUGUAAUGUGCUUUCUGCUAUUGGGUUUUCGCCUGAUAUAAUUGUCUUUGCGAUGGUAAUGAUGGGGCUGGUAUUCUCCAUCGUUUUCGCAAUUGCUGUCGUUGUCUGCAAUGUUGGGAUUGUAGUCUGUGUGUUAGAGGAAGUUUCGGGAAUACAGGCAUUGGUUCGGGCCUUUGUUCUAGUCAAGGGGCAGGCUCGGGUUGGUAUGUCGAUAUUUCUUGGAUCUACAAUUGGCUUGGCAUUUGUGACUGGGUUGUUUGAUCAUAGGGUAAAGACAUUGAGUUAUGGAGAUGGGUCUUCUAGGAUCUGGGAGGGGCCUUUGUUGGUGGUAAUGUAUUCGUUCGUGAUGCUCAUUGAUUCCAUGAUGAGUACGGUUUUCUAUUUCAAUUGCAGAUCGAUCGCCGCGGAAACCUCAACUGGUGAACGCCAGUCAAUGGUCUGAUGAAUUGCUGGGUGUUCAAUGAGUAGAUUCAGAUACAGUUCCAUUCUUGGAUUACCAAUGAAGAGCAAUCGUUGUUGUUUCCGCGGAAGUCCAACAAGCAGGAAGGAUUGCUGCUCUUGAUCCUUCAAAAGGUGCAUAAUUUCUUGUACUCUAAGGCUAGACAUAAAACAAUUUGGUUUUAUAUAAAUGCAUAUAAAUAUUCAUCAAUCAUGUAAGGUAGAAUUUCUGAUUAAAUUGGUUCAAGUUGUUGGACCAUUUCAUGUUCCUUUUUUCAAUCCUGGUGCUUUCUUUUGUACUUUUCAAGUGCUCUAUACAAAAGU